UUUAGCUGUGCCUAAGCAUCCAUAUGCUGCUAUGGAGAACUGGGGACUAAGUGUUUUUGUGGAGCAAAGGAUACUCCUGGAUCCCAGUAUUUCAUCCAUUUCCUAUUUGCUGGAUGUCACAAUGGUCAUUGUCCAUGAGAUAUGCCACCAGUGGUUUGGUGACCUUGUGACUCCUGUCUGGUGGGAGGAUGUAUGGCUGAAAGAAGGCUUUGCUCACUAUUUUGAAUUUGUUGGGACUGACUACCUCUACCCAGGCUGGAAUAUGGAAAAACAGAGAUUUCUGACUGAUGUGCUCCAUGAAGUGAUGCUACUUGAUGGCCUGGCCAGUUCACACCCAGUAUCCCAAGAAGUGAUCCAGGCCACCGACAUUGACCGGGUUUUUGACUGGAUCGCAUAUAAAAAGGGUGCAGCUUUAAUUCGAAUGUUGGCUAAUUUUAUGGGCCAUUCAGUAUUUCAGAGGGGUUUACAAGAUUAUUUAACCAUUCAUAAAUAUGGCAAUGCAGCCAGAAAUGAUCUGUGGAAUACGCUGUCAGAGGCUUUAAGAAAGAAUGGAAAAUAUGUAAAUAUUCAAGAAGUAAUGGAUCAGUGGACUCUCCAGAUGGGUUAUCCUGUCAUCACCAUCUUGGGAAAUGGAACAGUUCACAAUGUGAUAGCCAUUACCCAGCAACAUUUUAUUUAUGACAGCAGGGCUAGAGUCAAGACCACUGAGUUUGGAAACAACAGUUACCUUUGGCAGAUCCCAUUAACUAUUGUAGUAGGAAAUAGGAGCCAUAUCUCAUCAGAGACAAUUAUAUGGGUGUCUAACAAAUCAGAACAUCACAGAAUAACUUUGGACAAAGGAAGCUGGUUGCUGGGGAACAUCAAUCAAACUGGCUACUUUAGGGUCAACUAUGAUCUAAGGAACUGGAGAUUAUUAAUUGACCAACUAAUACAGAACCAUGAGGUUCUCUCUGUCAGUAAUCGCGCAGGUUUGAUCGAUGAUGCCUUCAGCCUAGCCAGAGCUGGCUAUUUGCCUCAGAAUAUUCCCCUGGAGAUUAUCAGAUACCUUUCUGAGGAGAAGGAUUUUCUUCCGUGGCAUGCUGCCAGCCGGGCCCUUUAUCCCCUAGAUAAAUUACUGGACCGAAUGGAGAACUACAAUGUCUUCAAUGAAUAUAUUUUAAAACAAGUUGCAACGAUGUACAUCAAGCUUGGAUGGCCAACAACUAAUUUUAAUGGAUCCCUUGUUCAGGCAUCUUACCAACAUGAAGAGUUACGGCGCGAAGUUAUAAUGCUGGCAUGUAGCUUUGGUAACAAACAUUGUCACCAGCAGGCUUCGACGCUCAUUUCAGACUGGAUUUCCAGCAACAGGAAUCGAAUACCUCUAAAUGUCAGAGACAUCGUCUAUUGUACGGGAGUUUCACUAUUAGAUGAAGAUGUCUGGGAGUUCAUCUGGAUGAAAUUCCACUCCACGACUGCAGUAUCUGAGAAGAAAAUAUUACUGGAAGCUUUAACUUGUAGUGAUGACAGAAACUUAUUAAAUCGGCUUCUGAAUCUAUCAUUGAAUUCUGAGGUGGUAUUGGACCAGGAUGCAAUUGAUGUCAUAAUCCACGUAGCUCGAAAUCCACAUGGCAGAGAUCUUGCGUGGAAGUUUUUCAGAGAUAAAUGGAAGAUAUUAAAUACCAGAUAUGGAGAAGCUCUAUUUAUGAAUUCCAAGCUUAUCAGUGGAGUCACAGAAUUUCUUAAUACAGAAGGUGAACUCAGUGAGCUGAAAAACUUCAUAAAGAACUAUGAUGGGGUAGCAGCUGCAUCCUUCUCCCGGGCUGUGGAGACUGUGGAAGCCAAUGUUCGAUGGCAAAAGUAUUACAAAGAAGAACUUUUCCACUGGUUACGAAAAGCCCUCAGGCACUAGUCUGUCUCCCUUAAAGACAAUGUUACAUGAAAUACCAGGAGAGGAAAGGAGCAUCAUUCAAAGGAAAAUGCUUCACAUCAAAAUGGCAAAGACAAGAUCGGAUUUGCAGGGUGUUUGGUGGGGAAAGGUCAUUUUCGUUUUGUUCUGUUUUUGCUUUAUUUUGUACGGGGCUCCUUCUUAUCUGUGAAGGUAAAAUCCUUCUGUCAGAAGCAACCACGGUAGCAGCUGCUGCUUACCAGCCCUCACUGUACAGGACCAAAUAAGAUACUCAAUGGUGCAUGUUGAUGUCAGUCUGGAAGACAACAAUUCUGAAUAAUUUGUGCAUGGUCAUAGGGUCCUGCCUGUAAUUCCAGCAUGCGUUUCUUCAGAUGUCCCAAGUUUUGUAUGUGAACUUAUGUUACAUCCAGGAUGGGCAUUAUGCAAAAGCACAAAGAAGAUCUGUGACAAUCAGUGUCGUCAUGAAAGAAGAAAAAAGUGGGGAUUCUGUAGGAUCCCUGAUACUUGGGUGAUGUGAAAUGUACAACAGCUCUUACAGGAUUGGUACCAAUUACUGAGCACUUAGAUUGUCUAUCAGUGAUUAUCAGGAUGCCAACUCAUUCAUUGAGUUAAAACUAUGUUCGCAUAGAGUGCAUUUAGAUACUUUAUACAUAUCUGUAUAUCUCUAGUGGAAAGCACCACAUGUAUAUGGUAUACUAUAUUCUCCACAUGUUGAAAACAAUGAACCUCUUCUGAUCAAUGAAAAGUUCUCUAUUUCUAAACUUAUGCAAACUUCGAAACUGCUUGGAAAGACUCUUCUGCCUCUCCUGGGGAAUUAAGGCAGUAAACAUUCAGGAUGGUUCCCUCAAACUGCUAUGGGUUCUUUAGCCAUUUUCAUGAAUGAUGGGUCUUAUUCUAAUGCAUAGAGAUGAAACUCAAGCCAAUCAGGUGUACAACAGGUCAUUCAUUCACUUGAAUGCUAUAACAAAAAAAGGUAGAUAAUGUUUUCAUGGUUGGGGU